AGACGCUAGGACACAUUUCGCAAUACUUAGGUCACUUUUGCAAAACUCCUCACACAGUGAGCACAACAGAAGUCUAUGUGGGCUAAACUGAGGAUCAGUUAUCAUUGUUUUGGCACAAAAUGCAUUCAAUGACUACAUCUCUCAAAUUUCAUGAAUUAUUUUCUCACUCAGACACAACAACUGCCAAAAAUCUUUGUACGUACAGGACAUUUUGCAUGUACUUACAUACUGUUUUCAAAACUGUUAAACUUAUGGUCAAAACAAUAACAUAAUGCAAAACUGAAUAAGACAGCAAAAUUCAACAGCAAUAUUUUAUUGAAACAUAUUUUAAAUCUAAAAAUGCAGUUUAACCAGCCACAGCUGAUUCUCAUUGUAGAUGAACAUCUACACAGGUGUUACUCCUUCAAUUUCAUUACAAAAGGAGACAACUGCUGAAUAGGUUUGUUUUGUGAUGUAAACAUGGACCCAGCCAGAAAUGGAGAAGUGGCUGAAAGAGGAAGAAGAGUGGCUGGGAGGGGGCAAGGAAUACGUAUGCGUGGUGGAAGAAGAAUAAGAGGAAGAUCAAGAGCUGUAGUCGCAGAUGAGAUCAGAGCUACUGUAAUUGAUCAUGUAGUAAAUCAUGGUCACUCAAUGAGAGAGGCUGGUCAGAGAGUGCAGCCAAAUCUGCAACGCUCUACAGUGGCCUCUAUUGUUAGAGUUUUCCGACAAACCAACAGGACUCAAUGGUUACCUCACACAGGAGGGAGAGGACGGAUGUUCACUGAUGUGCAGGAAACUGCCAUUGUUGAUAUGGUCAUCAGAAACAAUGGGAUAAAACUCACUGAAAUUAGACACAGAGUCUUGGCAGACAACGUUACUUUCGUAAAUAUUCACAGUGUAAGCAUAACAACAAUUUCUAGAGUCCUGAAAAAACAUCAGGUCAGGAUGAAACAGUUGUACACUGUGCCUUUUGAGAGGAACUCUGAACAUGUCAAGCAACUCAGGAACCAGUAUGUCCAGAGAGUCAUGGAGAUUGAAGGCAGGCAAACACACCACAUUUUCAUCUUUGUGGAUGAGGCAGGUUUCAACUUGGCCAAAGCACGGCGACGAGGGAGGAAUGUGAUUGGGAAGAGAGCCACAGUGAAUGUCCUGGGCCAGAGGGGUGCCAACAUCACAAUGUGCGCAGCAAUAUCCACUGAUGGACUGCUGUUACACAGACCACUAAUUGGGCCAUACAACACUGAACGGCUCCUUGCGUUCCUGCAUGAUCUCUAUGGAAGAGUUGUGCUAGGUGAGGAAAGGGAUGCGGAGAGAAGGAAUCAGCCAACAUUUAUAAUUGUAUGGGACAAUGUGGCAUUUCAUCACUCCCGUGCAGUCACCGAGUGGUUUGCAGCCCAUCCCAGAAUGGAGUCUCUUUUCCUCCCACCUUACUCUCCAUUCCUCAACCCCACAGAGGAAUUCUUUUCCUCAUGGCGGUGGAAGGUUUACGACCAUCAUCCACAUGAUCAAAUGUCCCUCCUGGAUGCAAUGAAUGCUGGAUGCCUGGAGAUAUCAGCAGAAGAUUGCCAGGGAUGGAUCAGGCAUGCCAGAAGAUUCUUUCCUAGGUGUAUUGCCCUAGAUGACAUAAGAUGUGAUGUGGAUGAGAACCUGUGGCCAAAUGGAGAAGACCGAGUAGAUUAGCAUUACUAUUGUAUGUGUAUCAGUGGAUGGUGUGUAUACAAAUUCUUGUAUUUUGGGAUUACUUAGUGCAAAAAAAUAAAAAUACAUAAACAAAUAUUAACGAAUUCUGCAUGAUGUCUGAUUCAUUCCAGUAACAUAUAUUGAAAUUAUGAACAGAGAUGUGUCCUUGUUUUACACAAGAAAACACUGUGUAAUGCUACAUGUUGUUAGUGUUUUUUAGGUCAUUGUUUUGUGGGUGACAAAGUGUGUUUGUCGGCUGUCAACCUUUGCUAGUGUUCUGGAAGAAUGAGUUUAUUUGAGACCUGAAUAAAGUGUUUUGGUAGUUGUAGUGCAUUUUGAAUGUGAAAUGAACUGCUUUGCCAAGCUGAGGGUCAGUUAGGAGAAUUGUGUGAAGAGUUUUGCAAAAGUGACCUAAGUAUUGAGAAA